AUGACAUUCUUGCAAACUCUUGCAAACACUGCGGGCCGUCGCGGCAUGAUCCGCGCGGUUCCUCCUAUGCUGCGUGCUCCGCAGCAGGUGCGUAUGUACCACGAGAAAGUACUGGACCACUACAACAACCCACGCAAUGUCGGUUCGUUCCUCAAGACGGACAAGAACAUCGGUGUGGGUCUCGUGGGUGCGCCAGCAUGUGGCGAUGUUAUGAAGCUCAGCAUUAAAGUGAGCAAAGACGGAAUCAUUGAAGACGUCCGAUUCAAGACGUUUGGAUGUGGCUCUGCGAUUGCGAGCUCGAGCUAUAUGACUGAGCGCGUCAAGGGACUCUCUCUUGAGCAAGCCGGUGCGAUCAGGAACACGGAAGUUGCACGCGAGCUUUCCUUGCCCCCAGUCAAGCUGCAUUGCUCCAUGCUUGCCGAAGAUGCGAUCAAGAGCGCAAUCAAAGAUUAUAAGAAGAACUUCGAUGUGACUGGCAACAAGAGGCAAGGCCAUAUUGAGGUUACACAAGAUGUUGCCACCGGCCAAACAACGGCCGUGCCGCAUGUUGGAUCCGGAACGGUCUAG